AUGACGGAUCGGUUUUUCGAUAAUCUGAUGCCUGACCUUUCGCAAAGUGUAGCGGAAGAAGGAGAUUCGCUCAUGAAUCUUCUUGCUAUGCCCUACUCCUUUCUUUCCCAGAACCUCCAACGCUCUGCCUUGGGUCUUAAAGAAACUGUUGUGAUGGAGACUUGGGGUUUUACUGGUCAGCUUGUUCAGGACUUCCCUCUUUACUCGGGAACACUUGGAGCUGCCUUUUUGCUCUUUAGAGCUUAUCAGGUCACUGCCAACCCUAACGACCUUUCCCUCUUCUUGCAAAUCCUCAAAGCUUGUUGUGAUGCUGCUUCUGCCUCCUCUCGGGAUAUCACUUUCAUAUGUGGCCGAGCUGGUGUAUGUGCUCUCGGCACUGCUGCCGCCAAGCGUUCUGGUGACCAAGAGUUGCUAAAUUACUAUUUGUCACAAUUCCGUCAGUUUUGCUUCUCCACUUUGUUCUUUCUCCAUUUUCCUUUUUUUUACUGAAUCGAGCUUUUCAAAAAACAGAUUAGACUAUCUAGCUAUAUCGCUAACGAGCUGCUAUACGGAAUAGUUGGUUAUCUAUGGGCUUGUCUCUUUGUGAACAAAUAUGUUGGUGCAGAAACUUUGUCUUCAACUACCAUUCACCAAGUUACUGAGGAGAUUAUCAAGGAAAGUAGAUCAAUGACUAAGAAUGAAAAAUCGCCCCUUAUGUUUGAAUGGUAUGGCCAAAGGUACUGGGGCACAGCACAUGGGCUUGCUGGUAUUAUGCAUGUCUUGAUGGAUGUUCAGCUGAAGCCAGACGAGGCAGAGGAUGUGAAGGGAACCCUUAAGUAUUUGAUCAAUAAUCGGUUUCCAAGGAACUACCCUGCUAGCGAAGAGGAUAGGAGAAGAGAUCUUCUUGUGCAUUGGUGUCAUGGAGCUCCUGGGAUUGCCCUCACCCUUGUGAAGGCAGCUGAGUUUUUGGGGAGAGAGUUUCUGGAGGCUGGUGAAGCUGCAGCAGAGGUGGUUUGGAACCGUGGAUUGCUCAAGCGGGUGGGGAUCUGUCAUGGGAUCAGUGGCAAUGCAUAUGUUUUUCUCUCCUUUUACAGAGCUACUGGACGGAACGAGUAUCUCCACCGGGCAAAAGCCUUCGCCAGCUUUCUGCUUGACAGAGGCCACAAGCUACUCUCAAAAGGAGAAAUGCACGGAGGUGAUAGUCCUUAUUCCUUGUUUGAAGGCGUAGUUGGAAAGAUGGCCUAUCUCUUCCUUGACAUGGUCGACCCGUCGCAGGCCAGGUUCCCAGGUUACGAGCUUUGAAGUGUUAGAUCGAUAAAGUAUCUUUGCUCUUCGAAUCCUACUUUUGUAAGUAAUAAAGUAGACACAAGGGUAGUCAUGUUGUGUUUUUAUUUUAGUAAAAGCAAAAUGAUGGUGUUGUUUGAUAGUGAAUUAGUCAGAGUUGAUAUGUCUAGUGAAAAUGUGCGGAGAUGUCUCUGGAAACUGUUUUUAACUAUGUGAAUGUUAGGGUGAGGUUGUGAAACAUGAAGUGACCACAAAGGUCUGUAUUGUCUCCGAGUAUUACAAGGGGAAAAUAAUAAUCCCAGAGCACUUAUCUUUCUGGAAUAUGCAUGGGCCUGUACACCAUCAACCGCACUUGCAAAAUCUGUCUUGUUUUCUUUGAAUUUAAAACAAGAGAACUCUGCUGCUGAUCAUUUCCGGCAUUGUUGAUCUUUCAUUUCACUUUGAGUUUAUUUCCUUUAACUGGAUUCCUAGAGAUAAGAACUAUGCUGCUGAUCUCUUAACAAAACAGGGUCUUGUAGAUGGUGAAGUCUCUAUGACUAUCACCUAACUCUCUCCGUUGCAUUAAUAUAAGUUGUGUUU